AUGAUACGGACAACUACAAUCCCAUCAAUUGCCUCCCGAUCAUUUCCACUCCGAAUACCCAGAACCAUCAGACAAUACACAUCUUACAACGUCGCUGUAGCAGGUCUGACGGAAUCACAAGAAGAAUUCCGAAAUGUAGUUCAUGAUUUCGCUCAGAAGGAGAUUGCACCAAGGGCAGAAGAGAUCGAUAAGAGCAAUCAUUUACCAGAGGACAUAUUCCCAAAACUCGGUGAGAUGGGCUUGCUGGGGGUGACUGUCCCUGAGAAAUGGGGUGGACUGGGGCUGGGGUAUCUGGAACAUACUAUAGCUAUGGAGGAAAUUAGUAGAGCUUCGGCUAGUAUCGCUCUGAGUUAUGGUGCUCACUCCAAUCUUAUGGUCAACCAAUUGAACCGAUGGGGAACCGACGACCAAAAAUCCAAAUACCUCCCGAAACUCUUAUCAGGCGAACAUAUCGGUUCUCUAGCGAUGUCAGAGCCCAACGCCGGAUCAGACGUAGUGUCAAUGAGGACCAAAGCGGAGCUGAAGGGUGGGAAAUGGAUAUUGAACGGUUCGAAAUGCUGGAUAACAAACGCACCUGUAUCUUCGACUUUCCUAAUCUACGCCAAAUCCGAUACUUCAGUCGCACCAAGUAAAGGUAUGACUGCUUUCCUGGUUGAAAGAGGCUUUAAGGGAUUUGAGGUUGGCGAGAAGUUGGAUAAAUUUGGUAUGAGAGGAUCACCGACUGCUGAACUAUUUUUCGAUAAUGUUGAGAUACCCGAAGAGAAUGUGCUAGGUCAAGUGGGAAAAGGAGCUGCGGUGUUGAUGUCUGGCCUAGACUUCGAAAGAUUAGUCUUGAGUGGUGGACCUUUAGGAAUCAUGCAAGCCGCUUUAGAUCUGACUUUGGAUUAUACCCACGAGAGAAAACAGUUUGGUAAGAAGAUCGGAACAUUUCAAUUGAUACAGGGGAAACUGGCAGACAUGUAUACCAAGCUUAGCGCUUCUCGAGCUUAUGUCUAUGCUGUGGCUAGAGCCUGCGAUGCUGGGAAGGUCUCCAGGCAGGAUUGUGCCGGUGCGAUCUUGUACUCUUCGGAUAGAGCUGUAGAGGUGGCUAUGGAAGCUCAACAGUGUUUGGGUGGUAAUGGUUACAUCAACGACUACCCCGCUGGUCGUCUCCUUCGAGAUUCCCGAUUAUACACCGUCGGAGCAGGUACGCAGGAGAUCCGAAGGAUGUUGAUUGGAAGAGGGUUCAAUGAGGUGUAUGAAGAAGCUGAAGGGAGAGGAAUAGCGCAAUGA